GUAAAAUCAGUGUUAUGGCGCAGUUGAUAUUAUUCUCUAAACAAAACUUCAGGUUCAUUUUAGAUUAUUACUGUUUUUGAGGUUGUUUGUUUCAAUUGUGUGUGUUGUCAAAAUGCCAAAUCAGGGGAAAAACUUUGCAGCUGGUGUUCAAACAGAUGUUGAUACACUGAUGAAGAAGUUUGUGGGAAAAAAAAGCAUUCGAUAUGAGGAAUUUGCAAAAAUUUGGAGAGAUAUGAAAUUUUCUCUAAUAUUCUUGUUGAAAGAUAAUGAAAGGGAACUGUUAUUGUUCACACAUGAGUGCUUCAAGAUUGCUAUGAAUUUGUGGACAAUAAACCAUAGCUUCCAGGAACAAGUGACUGGCCUUUACUUGUUGUAUGGUUUUUAUGUAAAACAACCAUUAAAUCCACCUGUCAAGAUUAGAAUCACAUUAGAACAGUGGAAACAGUUACAAGAAAUUUUCAGUAUUGCAACUCGUGAACAUCACUUGGAUAUCUGUUUCAUCUUUCGUCGCCUGCAGCUUAUGAAUGCUUUUCACUUUGUAGCCACUCCAACCAUGAUGGGUCCUAAGUCUUCUCUGAGACUUAAUGGAAUUUCAGAAGUGCAGGAAACAAGCCGUUUGGAUGAUGUUAUGAUGCCUCUACAGGAAUUAAAAAAUUGUGGACAUUUGGAACAACUUCAGGCCAUUCAUGAACACUAUACAAAAAUGAAGGAAGCACAAAGCAUUGAUAGUGUUCAGACAUUAAACAUCGUGUCUGGUGAUGUUUAUGAAGAAAUAAACGAAAAAAUAAAACAGUUUCAAGAGAGGUAUAAGCAUCCCAACCAGGAUUCAAUCUUUGAUGAAGGUGAUAUUAAUGAAGAAGAUGAAGGAGAGGAAAGUGUAGGAACUCGUCGAGCACGUCUAAGAGCUCAACAAUUUUCUUCAGUAGCAACUGUAUCUCAGUCACGUCGUCAUCGUCCAGUUCAGAAAGAUGAUAGUUCUGGCUCCGAUAAAUCUCCAUCAAAGAAGAAAAAGCAGCAAUAACUGUUCAGUGUGCAGAAAUACUCAUUUCAUAGUUGAUAGGACAGUGAAAACAAAAAAAAAGACUGAAACAUACAAUUUUUAUUUUGAGACUACAAAUGGAGUUUUUUCCUGCAGUUUUCUGGCCAUAAAUGGUCAAGGAUAACUUGUUAUUUUGGAUUAAUAUUUGUUUUAUUCAGUAUAUUUGUGUCCAAUACACUGAUACAUCAUUCUUAACAGAAAUAUAGUCUCUUGCCACCACAUAUCAAAAAUCAGUACAGUGGGACCAGAAUUAUAACUUAAUAUGUUUGCUAGUAUUUUGAAAUUCUACUGUACUUAAUGACCUUAAUAUGAGUAAACUUUGAUUUAAGGUUAAAGAAAUAUCAUGUAACACUAAUCCUUCUUUCACACAUGACAGUAAUUUAAGAAGUUAAAUAUAAACAAUAAGUGACAUGAUUCCAAAAAUAUACAAUUCUGUCAAAAUCACAGUUUUAUGGUAAUUACAAAGGAACUUCAUUUUAACCAAACGAUUGAGUUUCAAGCUAAGAAAUAAAUAGACUGCACAGGUAAUAUGAAGUGUAGUACACUAUUUAUUUAUGUGGAAAAUAUCUGGUUGUCUUCUUAUAAUAUACAAAGGUUGUAUUCUACAGAUAUCAUCUACUUGGCCAAUAAAGGACUGCUAUCGAUGACUUAUCCUCCACAAUGUCCGAACAACAAAGAAAUAAAGUUAAGUUGAACAAAAAUAAUUCAACAGUUUUUGGAGAACUUUUUAUACAAUACUGCAUAGAAACAGAUUAAAGGAAAAUAUUUUUUAAAAUCGGUAUUAAUAAAAUCAAGUAGUAAACGUAUGAUAUUCCUGCAUAUCACAUCUGUAAUGAUGCUGAAAUUAUAAACUUGUAUUUACACUUAUUACUGACUUGCUCCCCUUUCCAAGUGGCUCAGUGAUGAGUUUGAGGUCUUAUAACACCAAAAGUUUGGUUUCAGUGCUCAAUUUUGGCAGAGCACAGUUAGCCCAUUGUGUAGCUUUGCACUUAACAACAAACAAA